GGCGGGCGCGCGGUGAUGACGUCACAGCGAGAGCGCCCAGCCGGAAGUGCCGCCUCAGCGGGCGCGCCGCGAGCGGAAGUGACGUCAUCGCAACCGCGACCGGCCGGAGCGGGAGCCCCCGCCAUGUCGCUGGCCGACGAGCUGCUGGCCGAUCUGGAGGAGGCCGCGGGGGAGGAGGACGAGGCCGAAGGCUCCGAGGGGGGGGAGGAGCCCCCGAUCGAGGACGUGCGCGAGGAGCCGGAGCCGGGGGAGGCCGCCGAGUCCGUGCGGAGCAUCGCCAAGUUAUGGGGGUCUAAGGCGUUUGCUGAGAUCAUGCAGAAAAUCGAGGAGUACAUCGGGAAGCAGCCGAAGGCGGCCGAAGUUCUGGGCCCCGUGGAAGCCGCCCCCGAGUACCGAGUGAUCGUGGACGCCAACAACCUGACCGUGGAGAUCGACAACGAGCUCAACAUCAUCCACAAAUUCAUCAGGGACAAAUACUCCAAGAGAUUCCCUGAGCUGGAGUCGCUGGUGCCCAACGCGCUCGAUUACAUCAGGACUGUCAAGGAAUUGGGCAAUUCCCUGGACAAAUGCAAGAACAACGAGAACGUUCAGCAGAUCCUGACCAACGCCACCAUCAUGGUGGUCAGCGUGACAGCCUCCACCACCCAGGGGCAGCAAUUAUCAGAAGAAGAGCUCUCCAGGAUUGAAGAUGCCUGUGACAUGGCGCUGGCGCUGAGCGGGGCCAAGCUGAGGAUUUACGAGUACGUGGAGUCGCGGAUGUCGUUCAUCGCCCCCAACCUGUCCCUCAUCCUGGGGGCCUCCACGGCUGCCAAGAUCAUGGGUGUUGCAGGGGGUCUGACCCCUCUCUCCAAGCUCCCAGCCUGUAACAUUCUCCUGCUGGGAGCUCAGCGCCGAACGCUCUCGGGAUUUUCCUCCACCUCGGUUCUGCCCCACACAGGAUUUAUUUAUCACAGUGAUAUUGUGCAAUCUCUGCCUCCUGACCUGAGGAGGAAGGCAGCUCGGCUGGUGGCCGCCAAGUGCACGCUGGCGGCGCGGGUGGACAGCUUCCACGAGAGCCAGGACGGCAAGGUGGGGUACGAGCUGAAGGAGGAGAUCGAGCGCAAGUUCGACAAGUGGCAGGAGCCGCCCCCGGUCAAGCAGGUGAAGCCGCUGCCGGCGCCGCUGGACGGGCAGAGGAAGAAAAGAGGGGGCAGGCGGUACCGGAAGAUGAAGGAGCGCCUGGGGCUGACAGAGAUCCGAAAACAGGCCAACAGGAUGAGCUUUGGGGAGAUCGAGGAGGACGCCUACCAGGAGGAUUUGGGCUUCAGUCUGGGCCACCUGGGCAAGGCCGGCAGCGGCCGCGUGCGCCAGACCCAGGUCAACGAGGCCACCAAGGCCCGGAUCAGCAAAACCCUACAGAGGACCCUGCAGAAGCAGAGCGUGGUCUACGGGGGCAAAUCCACGAUCCGGGACCGGAGCUCGGGCACGGCCUCGAGCGUGGCCUUCACCCCCCUGCAGGGUUUGGAGAUCGUGAACCCGCAGGCGGCCGAGAAGAAAGUGGCCGAGGCCAACCAGAAAUAUUUCUCCAGUAUGGCCGAGUUCCUCAAGGUCAAGGGGGACAAAAGUGGGGUCCCCACCCCGCCCUGAGCCCCCUGGGACCCCCAAAUCCCUCCCUGAAUUCCUGGAGAAUCCCAAAAUCCCCCCCUACCCCAAUUCAUCCCCCCCAUUAUUCAUCAGAAUUUGGAUUUUGGGGGAGUUUUUUUUGGGAGUUCUCGACUCAAGGGGGGAAAAUUUGGGGUCCCUCCCUCCCCUGGGACCCCCCAAAAUUUCUGGAGGUUUCUUCCCCCCCUCACCCCCCAUUUUAUGUUGUUGUUUUUUUUUUUCGUGAACUUUCUAUAAAUAUUGGAAUUUUUG